GAAUCGGCCGCGGAGGGCCAGUUCCUGGUUUCAGAGACAAUGACAGAGGAACUGGAUUUCAUAGGACAGGACUCUGAUGACGGCAGUGAGGAGGUGGUCCUAACUCCUGCAGAGCUCAUUGAAAGGCUGGAGCAGGCCUGGAUGAAUGAAAAAUUUGCUCCUGAGCUGCUGGAAAGCAAGAGUGAAAUUGUAGAAUGUGUCAUAGAACAGCUGGAUCACAUGGAAGAAAAUCUCAAAAGAGCCAAAAAGGGGGAUCUGAAGGUCAGUAUCCAUCAAAUGGAGAUGGAGAGGAUCCGCUAUGUCCUCAGCAGCUACCUGCGGUGUCGACUCAUGAAGAUAGAGAAGUUUUUUCCUCACAUCCUAGAGAAGGAGAAGACACGCCCUGAAGGGGAGCCGUCAAGCCUUUCUCCAGAGGAGUUUGCCUUUGCCAAAGAGUACAUGGCUCACACAGAGACCUAUCUUAAAAAUGUCGCCUUGAAGCAUAUGCCUCCCAACUUACAGAAGGUGGACCUCUUGCGGGCAGUUCCCAAACCAGAUCUAGAUUCAUAUGUGUUUCUGAGAGUAAAAGAAAGGCAAGAAAAUAUUCUGGUAGAACCGGAAACAGAUGAGCAGAGGGACUAUGUGAUUGACUUGGAAGAGGGCUCCCAACACUUGAUUCGAUAUAAAACCAUUGCACCUCUUGUUGCUUCUGGAGCAGUUCAGCUAAUUUAAAAAUAAACAAGUGUGAAGACACGGAAUCCCAGAAAAUAUGAGAAAGCCUAUGCCAUUUUAUGCCUAACAGCGAAGAGAUCUUGCUCCAGACAGCGGGAUUUUCUUCCAAUGCUGUUGGCCACCAAGAGUCAAGGCAGGAAUGCUACACUGCCAUCUCAGCCAGCAUCAGCAGGUGGGGCCAUUGCUCUGUUUGUUCUGAAUGAAUAUGAGGCAAAUAAAUAAGACAGUACUUUUUUUUAAAGAAUUCUUU